AUCAAUAAUAGUAAAGCACAAAAGAACCAUGCUUUUCUGAUUAUUAAUAUAAAUUUAUAUUUAGUCAUUAUAGUACAUAAAUUUAAGUUUCAGUGGCAAUUGUUUGAAGGAUAUAUUAGGUUAUAAAAUAAAUGCUAAAAAUACACAUGUGCAUUAGUACAUAAGAUAUAAAGUACUUUAACCAAGUUUUCAUUUUUAAAUGGCCACCUGGGAUGGCUCAUAUUCAGAACCAGAUGGACCAAAUUAUUAUGUCAAUUCUAAUAAAAAUCAAAUACCAGUAAAUGUUCCAACAUGGGACUAUCUCUCUAAUAUUAACAACACUUGUGCACAAGAUAAAACUAUCCCAUAUGUAUUAAAUACUUCUAUGGUUUUUGAAUCAAAUAUACCUAGUUUUUAUAAUAGUGUUAACAGAAAUAAUAUUCCUUUUUUAAGUUCAAAUAUAAAACCAGAAAAUUUAGAAACACGUAAUGAAAUACAAACUUGUGAUAACAAAGUCCAUGUAGAAUCAUCAGAAACACAUUUUAAAAAUAAUAACGAUCAGCUUCCAAAUUUCUAUGAAAAUAAUAAGUCAGUAGAUCAACAAUUAUAUUAUUACAAUAAAAGCAAAUUCUAUAAUAGUAGAAAUAAAUAUGUAAAUAGAGAUUAUAAAGUAACUGAUAUUGUACAGCAUUCAAAUUUACAUGCUACUGCUAAUGAAUUUUUACCAAAUUAUAAUAAAAAAAAUAAAGAAUCCAAUACAAAUUCAAGCAAAAAUGAAACAAUACAAACAAGCACAUUAAAUCAAACUAAAAAUGUAGAUCAAUCAUUUAAUAUAUUUUUUGAAAAUAAUAGAGAAAGAUAUAAUGAUAAAAAAUUUGAUAAAGGUGAUGCUAAUAAAAUGUGGAGGGAUAAACAAAAUAAUCAGAAUUAUAAAUAUAAUAAAAAACACAAUAUUAAAAAGUAUCAAAAUGAUAAAUGCACUCAUAGAAAAUUUUAUGAUAAAACACGAAAUAAUCAAUAUAGAAAUAAUAAUGAAACUACUACUUUUGAAACCAAUGCAAAUAGUGAAGAAGAUAAAUUACUAAAAGAAUUUCAAGAUAAAUAUAUUGGUAGUAAUAUAUAUAUUUUACCUUUUGAAGCGGAUAAUUUACAAUACACAAAAAAUUCAAAAAUAUUUUCAAAUAAUGGUGGUAGAUAUGAUAAAAAAAUACGAUAUAAUUCUAAAAACUCUAGAAAUUUUAGAGAUACAAGAGAUUCUAUUGAUUUAAAUCAUAUGUAUUCCAGAGACAGAAAAAAUAAUUACUUAAAAUUUAGUGGAUGCAAUCAAAAUAAUUAUAAGAAAGAUAAAUAUGAAAGAAGAGAAACUAAAAAUUUAUUUGGAGAGAAUCGAAAUACAGAAGUAACUGAUUGGAGGCAAAAAGCAAAUAAUGUAGAAAAUAAAAGUGCUUCAUUGAAACAUAUUUAUUAUAAAAAAUAUGAAUUAGAUGAUGCAAGUCAAAGAGAAAGAUUGACAGAGCAAUUAAAUCGUGGUCAAUUAGAGUGUUUGGUUUGCUGUGAUUUUAUUCGACAAAUUGAUUAUGUGUGGUCGUGUAAAAAUUGUUAUCAUGUUUUGCACUUGAAAUGUUUACAAAAGUGGGCCUUAUCAUCACAAGAUGAAAGUGGUUGGCGAUGCCCAGCUUGCCAAAAGGUAACUUUAGGUGUACCAUCUUACUAUGAAUGCUUCUGUGGCAAAAUUCAGAUGCCAAAUUGGAAUCGACACGAUACUGCACAUUCUUGCGGUGAAAUGUGCGGUCGCAUACAUUCUGAUUUAAAUUGUGUUCAUAAAUGCACACUGCUCUGUCAUCCAGGAGCAUGUCCGCCCUGCUCAGCUAUGGUCACUAAAUCAUGUGGCUGUGGUAAGAUGUCUCAAAUCCAGAAGUGCAGUACUGGACUGUUACUUAAAUGUAAUGAUACUUGCGAUAAGCCUCUCAACUGUGGUAUACAUAAAUGUGAAAACAAGUGUCACCAUGGCAAUUGCGAACCCUGUGACAAAAUUAUCAAGCAAGAAUGCUUUUGUUUAAAAUGCAGUCGGGAAGAAAAAUGUGUUUUGAAUUUACCUUCAACAUAUUCAUGUCAAAACAUUUGUAACAAGAUAUUAGAUUGUAAUAAUCAUAAUUGUAAAGAAUUUUGUCACCCAGGUGAAUGUAGAUCAUGUGUUUUAAAGCCUGAAGCAAUUACAAAUUGUUGCUGUGGUGAAACUAUUUUAACUAUUAAAAGAGCAAACUGUUUAGAACCAAUUCCAACAUGUGAUAAAAUCUGUGGAAAACAAUUAAAAUGUGGUCAACCAAGUAAGGCUCAUACCUGCCAAUCAAACUGCCACCAAGGGGAAUGCCCUGAGUGUGAGUUAUUUACAAAAGUAAAAUGUCGAUGUGGUUACAUGGAUAAAGAAAUUCCUUGCAAAGAAUUAAUAACAAAGGCGGAUGAUGCUCGUUGCAAAAAAAAAUGUACAAAAAAGCGUUCCUGUGGUAAACACAAGUGUAAUCAAAUGUGUUGCAUUGAUAUUGAACAUAUAUGUCCUCUAUCUUGUUUGAAAUAUUUGAGCUGUGGUAGACACAAAUGUGAACAAACGUGUCAUGGAGGUAGAUGUCUGACUUGUUGGCGUGUUAGUUUCGAUGAACUCUACUGUGAGUGUGGUACAGCAGUAAUUUACCCUCCAGUAGCAUGUGGCACGCGUCGACCUGCUUGCAACAAACCCUGUUCCCGAAGUCAUUCUUGUGAUCAUGAAGUUCUUCAUAACUGCCACAGCGAUUUGAACUGUCCUCCCUGCACUGUUCUUACUCAGAAAUGGUGUUAUGGCCAACAUGAGCUGCGCAAAGCUGUGCCUUGUUAUGUUAACGAAGUUUCUUGUGGAUUACCAUGUGGCAAAUCUAUUUCCUGUGGUAAACAUAAAUGUAUUCAGAUCUGUCAUCCAGGCAUCUGUGAGAAACUUGGAUAUACAUGCAUACAACCAUGUAUGAACCCACGUGAGAUAUGCAAUCACAUAUGCGCAGCACCUUGUCAUAAGGGAAAAUGUCCUGAUGUACCAUGUAAGGAAACGGUCAAGGUUACUUGCCAAUGUGGAAACCGAACUAUGUCUCGUUUAUGUGCAGAAAAUGCCAAAGAUUAUCAACGGAUAGCUAGCAAAAUUCUAGCCAGUAAAAUGGCAGAUAUGCAGUUAGGGCAUUCAAUUGAUCUUGAAGAAGUAUUUGGUCAAGGAUUAAAGAAGCAGAACCAAUUGAAAACCCUUGAGUGUAAUGAUGAAUGUAAAAUAAUUGAGAGAAAUCGACGUUUGACCCUUGGACUACAAAUUGAAAAUCCUGAUCUGUGUGGCAAGUUAAUGCCUAGAUAUAGCGAGCACAUGAGACAAUGGGCUAAAAGGGAUUCUGUCUUCUGUCAAAUGGUGCAUGAUAAACUUACUGAGCUUGUACAGCUAGCUAAAGCAUCUAAGCAAAAAUCUCGCAGUUAUUCUUUUGAAAGUAUGAACAGAGAUAAAAGACACUUUGUGCAUGAGUUAUGUGCACAUUUUGGGUGCGAGAGCCAGGCCUAUGAUCAGGAACCAAAACGUAACAUUGUUGCAACAGCUGUAAAAGAUAAGUGUUGGUUACCAAGUUAUAGCUUGAUGGAAUUAUUACAAAGAGAAAAUGGACAACGAAAAGUACCAGGACCAAUGUUGAAUAAAUCGAAAAUUAAUAUUAUUGAUAGGAGCAAUAAUAUUUUGCAACUAAACUCAAAGAAGAGUUUAAAGUCUUUGUCUAUAAUAUCAGUUUCACCAUCAAUGUCUCCAGAACCUGAAAUAGAUUACUUUAAUUAUAAGGGGUGAAGAGAUUUAUAUUUCCUUUUUGGCUUAUUUUAAAUUAAAAUAUAAUCAUUGAAUGAAUUCAAUAGAUACAAUAAUGUUAAGUAUUUUUUAUUUGUAUUUGAAACAGCUACAUAAUUUAAUUUUUUAAA